GCGUCUUUCGUCUUGUUAUUUUUCUGCGACUCGGUGUACGGUCAAUAAAGUCAAUUUGUUAUGACCACCGUCAUCAUUUCACAGCGCAAAUAGGUUCUGGUCAUUGUUUGGAAGUAAAUAAACAUACCAGGUUCAACGUAAUAAAAAGAUGUCGAGCGUUACGGGAUAUAAGCCACAAAUAUCUCAUCUUAUCCACCCAACCAAUCUGAAAACCCUGGUGAGGCAGUGGCUCAACGAAGACACCCCGUCAUUUGAUUAUAGCGGAUUUGUCGUUGGAGAACGUCAAGAAUCGGCUGUACUACUAUGCAAAUCACCUGGCGUUUUGGCAGGUGUGCCUUUCUUCACUGCCAUAUUUGAAGAACUUGACUGCAACAUUGAGUGGUUAGUUGAAGAAGGGUCAUUACUAGAACCAGUUUGCCAAAUUGCAAUUAUUACAGGAAAAGUGAAGAACCUUCUACUUGGUGAACGGGUAGCAUUGAACUGCAUCACUAGGGCAAGUGGGAUUGCCAGCUAUGCCAGGCAAAUGAACACUAUAGCUAAACAUGCUGAAUGGCAUGGAGAAGUUGCAGGAACUAGGAAAACUACACCUGGCUUCAGACUUGUUGAAAAAUAUUCUCUGUUGGUGGGUGGAAUGUCAACACAUCGAUACGAUUUGUCAUCAAUGAUUAUGUUAAAAGAUAACCAUAUAUGGACUGCUGGAAAUAUAAGCCAGGCAGUGAAAGAUGCAAAGAAAGUUGGUGGUUUCUCAACCAAAAUUGAGGUUGAAUGUCGGAGUGUUUCUGAGGCAACAGAGGCUGCAACUGCAGGAUGUGACAUCGUUAUGUUGGAUAAUUUCACUCCACAGGCAGUUCAUGUGGCAGCCAAGCAACUGAAGGACAAAUUUCCAUACCUGAUAAUUGAGGCAAGUGGAGGUAUCAAUGAAGAAAACAUAACACAGUACAUGGGUACUAAUAUUGAUGUGUUAUCAAUUGGUAAAUCAACACAGGGUUAUAACACUGUAGAUUUCUCAUUCAAGAUCCAGAAGGAAGGACGUAAUCCACAUAAUCCAACAGUUUCAAAUCCAAACAAGUCAACAUAAUAUUUAGCAGUCUGAAAAAAAAAAUGGUUUCUGUGAUAUGUAAAACAGGGUUUAAACAAUAUGAAAAAGAUAACACUGCCAUUUAUAAAGUGAAUGAGGGAAAUUAUGUAUAGACUACUGGGGUAUAUUAAUAUACAAUACAUGCCGGCUGGUGAGUUUUGGCUUUUGAAAACUAGAAAUGAUAGAAAGUGCCCCAAUUUGAUGUUUGCUGAACAACCAACAUACAAUCAUUUAGCAUUUCUGUCCCUUGAUCAACUGCAAAAUGAUUUAGUUAAUUAAUAUGCAAAUUAGCUAAUUAAAAUAUGCAGUUUUAUUUACAGUAUGAUAAUUCAAAUUCAAAGCCAACAGUUAUCAAUAAAACAUGCUGGAAGUUGCAAUUAGUAUGCAAAUUAGCUAAUUAUUAUGCAUAGAUUUUUAUCAAAAUCUAAUAAGGUCUGGAGUAAUUCUUGAACAAUAUUUGACACAUCCAUUCAUCCAUUCUUCAUCUAAAUAUUAGGACAUUAGCCUACCUUGUGUCAGCACAUGAGAGCCAAAAAGCCAAACACAUCUGUUGGAACUAUGGUACUUCAAUGGUGAGAUCAAUCAAUUGCUCUAAAAUAUCACUCUAUAGUAAUAUUCAAUGAUCAGUCAAUAUAGAAAUGCAUAAUUAAUAACAAUGCAAAAAAUAGUGUCAAAACCAAAUAUCAAUAACAUAAUAAUUAGCAAAUCUAUAUUCAAUAAAAAAAAAACAACAGUAUAACAGGGUUUAGCAUCACUGCCAUUCAGUACGUAUGUAUGUACUACUCUCGUAUACAAUUAUUACUGAAGGAGCAUCUGGGUUUAUAAAUUGUCUAUUUCUUUUGAUGGACUAUGUUGUGCAUAAUAAAACCUCUAAUUACUUAA